UGUUGGUACCACCAGACGUAGCUGUAAAUAUGACCUGACAUCCUGAAGAUUGUAUGCCUGGCCAUCAGGUGAUCUGGAGACCAUGGAGCUGAAAGUUUGGGUUGAUGGAGUCCAAAGGAUUGUUUGUGGAGUAACGGAAAUUACAACAUGUCAGGAAGUGGUUAUAGCACUUGCUCAGGCUAUAGGUCGUACAGGGAGGUACACCCUGAUAGAAAAAUGGCGGGAUACGGAGAGACAUUUAUCGCCUCACGAGAACCCCAUCAUUUCCUUGAACAAAUGGGGACAGCACGCCGGCGAUGUGCAGCUCGUCUUACGGCGCACCGGGCCGUCGCUUAGCGAGCGGCCGACCUCAGACAGCGUCGCUCGGAUCCCGGAAAGGACUUUGUACCGGCAAAGCUUGCCUCCCUUGGCCAAGCUCAGGCCUUCGAACGACAAGUCCAUCAAAAGGAGGGAGCCCAAGCGCAAGUCGCUGACGUUCACCGGCGGGGCCAAAGGACUGAUGGACAUUUUCGGGAAGAGCAAAGAGUCCGAGUUCAAGCAGAAAGUCCUCCACUGCAAGACCACGGCAGACGAGCUGAAGAAGCUCGUCCGCCUCCAGGCGGAGAAGCUGCAGUCGGGGGAGAAACGGCUGGACUCGGAUGAGGCCGAGAUCCGCUACUGGGAGCAGAAGUUCAGCUUCAGCCUGGAGGAUGACAUCCUGAAGCUGGAGCAGAAGCUCAAGAGGAACGAGGUGGAGAUCGAGGAGGAGGAGGUCUGGGAGAACGAGCUCCAGAUCGAGCAGGAGAACGAGAAGCAGCUGAAGGAGCAGCUGAUGGAGACCCGCCAGGGGGUCGCGGACUGUGAAAGCCAACUGAGGGACUACCUGGCCCAGAUCCGCCAUAUGGAAAGCGGCCUGGAGGCCGAGAAGCUGCAGCGGGAAGUGCAGGAGGCUCAAGUCAACGAGGAAGAAGUCCGAGAGAAGAUCGAGAAACUCCGAGGAGAACUUGAGCUCCACGGCCAGCAAAGCCUCCGGCUGGAAAACGGCCUCAAAGCUGUCGAGAGGUCUCUGGGGCAGGCGACCAAGCGGCUGCAGGAAAGAGAACAAGAACUGGAGCAGCUGACGAAAGAACUGCGUCAAGUCAACCUCCAACAGUUCAUCCAGCAGACGGGGACAAAAGUCACGGUGCUUCCGGCUGAGCCCGUCGAAUUGGAGACAUCACACCCAGAGCUGGAGAAAGAACCCGCCUUUCAAACCAGCUCCCUCAAACGCCCGAGUUCCUCACGGCAGCUUCCUAGCAACCUUCGGAUCUUGCAGAACCCGCUGUCCUCUGGAUUUAACCCGGAGGGCAUUUACGUAUAACGACCCAAUGUCCCUCUGAAGAGGACAUCUGGAGGUAACCGAGGACCGCAACCCAUUUCCUCCUGCUAGGUUUCUUCUCACCAUGACCUAUGGAGGAAGAAGAAAAUGAUGAUGAUGAUCAAAUCUGGCAUUUGAAAACUUAUCACACCGGGGGCAUUUCAUGGCCUCUUUUUUAAUCACACGCCAGGCGCCGAUUUUACGGUGAGGACCAAAACACAAUGGUGGCAGCCAUUCCUCCCUGAACAGCCAUGUCAAAAUAGCUUCCUUCAUUUUCUUUUAUUUUAAAUAUUAUUAUUAUUAUUGCUAUUUCUGAAGCAUAAAUAUUUCUUAGCAGGCAUCCGUGGCUGAUCUGAGACACACACACACCCCUCUCACUCUCCCAAAAUGCUCACUCUCUUUGCUGGGGUAGGGAAUGAUGGCCCUUUGGUUGACGUGUGUACUUCAACUCCCAGAAUUCCUGAGCCAACAUCACUGACUUAGGAAUCCUGGGAGUUUGGAAGUCCCCCAUGGCUGCCUCGGGAAUUCUGGGAGUUGAAGUCCAGAAGUGAUCGAAGGGCCAUCGUUUCCCCAACUCUGCUCUAUGCAGUUGGAUUAUUUAGUGAUUAAUCUGUGGCGUAUGAAUGCGGGCAUAUCGUUUCUAGUUGCAGGUCGUGCCUUAGAGUAGGCCUGUAUUACUCCCCCAUCCAUGGCUGUUGCUAUCUCUAAGACGCCAUUUU